AUGCCGGCGCCGCAUGCAGCCGCCGUGACGCCAAAAAAGGGUCUUUCCAUCUACCGUCGGCUGCUGCGCGAAUGCUCUUAUCUCCCUCCCGCCGUCCGUCCGACUAUUCAGCACCUGAUCCAGACGCGAUUUCAUCAGCAUCGCAAAUAUGACCCUCGGGCCGAAUCACACUGGGGACGCGCGCAAAGAGUGCUGCGAACGUUGUCUGCCGCCAACACGGGAAAUCGAAAGUGCAUGGAAGGUCUCAUCUCGAAAGCGUUUGGCCGGUCCGGGACGCGCCGGCGGCAGCUGAUGAGUGAGUUUGUCGUGCCGCAGGGCGUCAAGGACUCCGAGGCUCUGGAGGCGCUGACGAGCGGAAGCGACCUAGCAGAUACAGCGGAUAAAACCUCGGCCGACGCGACAAAAGUAAAGCAACCGAUGGGAAAUCCCAAGAAUCGCUUUUUCCUCAAGUGGGAUCAACCGAAACUCCUGCAGCUACUGUCAUCGCUGCGCCAGCGUCAAAACGAAGCGAGGCCCACCUCCCAUUUGCUGGGAUCCGCGGUCAAGACGUUGAACCCAGACGUUGACGUGCCCAAGGAGAACAUCUGGGGCAACCCGCCGGCGGAAUGCGUCGUCAACGCCAAAAGGGCAAGGUGGUGGCGCCGCGCCGCGGACAAGAUGCCGCCGCCUCUGAGCAAGGGUGAGUGGGAGCUGCUGGGACGCUUGAGUCGCGGUGCGCAAGAAUCGGGCGAGUGGCAGAUGCCGGCUCGACGAACAUGCGUCGGAGCUGCUUCUGAACACCCUAGGGAGAGUCAAGCGGUGGCGUUGAUGCGAUAUGCAAAACAUUCUGCGGCCACGGUGGAGCGGGAACGCGGCUUGAAGCGCAUCGCGCGGUCCGGCCAGCAGGACGCCGGGCCGUAUGGUCCCUCGCACUCCGGCAACGGUCUCUCGCCGCGGUGGUUCCGACGAGCGUAUCAACGUACAUGGUUGCUCACGCCCAAGAUGGAGCAGAACCCGCGGACGCUGCAGUACGAGUUUGUCUUUGGAGAUUUGGCCAAACUCAGAGACGCUACCCCACAACAACAGUGCAUCUUUGACGGUGUUGAUGCCAAAGGCCAGCCGUUGAAAAAGUCGGCUAAGUAG